AUGCUGGGUAAGCAGGCCUGGCGCUUCCUUACAAGACCAGACUCUCUGGUGACAAGAAUUUAUAAAGCUAGAUACUUUCCUAAGUCCUCGUUUAUUGAUGCCAAGUUGGGUAGUUGCCCAAGUUAUUGCUGGAGAAGUAUUAUGGGAGCCCAUGAGUUAAUUUGCAGUGGAGUUAGAAGGAGAAUUGGAGAUGGAAGAUCUACUUUAAUAUGGGGUCAUCCCUGGUUACCUGAUGGUCCUAAUCCUAUGAUUCAGACUAACAUGCCCCACGAAUUGGAUGGCUCUCUGGUUUCAGGUCUGUUUGACCCUGAUACUGGAACUUGGGAUCACUCCAUCCUCUGUGAUAUUUUUAGCCCCACUGAUGUCGAACGCAUUUUGAAAAUUCCGGUUAGCCCAGACUAUGAGGACUCAUGGUUUUGGGUUGGGGACCCAGGAGGUACCUAUACGGUCAAACAGGGCUAUAGAAUUAUUAUUGGAAACUUUGAGAGCUCGCCAGGAGACUUUGAUAAAUGGUCACAUCUCUGGAAAAUCAAAUCCCCUGCAAAGUGGAAAACUUUUCUUUGGAAGGCCCUCUCAAAUGUUCUCCCUACCACCACCAAUCUGAUUUUAAAGAGAGUUGAGGUAGACCCGGCAUGUCUAAUGUGUGGUCUUGAGCAUGAAAGUAUUAUGCAUUCAUUGAUUCUAUGUGAUUUUUCAAGACUAGUAUGGCAUGAAUCCUCUUUGCAUGUUAAUAGUGUGAAUGGGAAUGAUUUCCCAAUGUGGUUUUCUAAUGCUUUGUGUGUGCUAACGGAUGAACAAAUCUUGGUGGCAGUGGUAGUUUUAUAUUAUGUUUGGAGGGCUCGCAAUUCGGCCGUGUGGGAGGGGUGUUUGCCGUGGCCGAAGGCUGUAUGGCGGUCCGCUCUAGCGGCGGUGACGGCAUGGCGACAAACGCAUCUGGCGGCUCCUCAUUCUCCAUCGACUCCAGUGCUCCUCAACGCCGCUCCUUUGCCUGCUGCUGCUGCACAUACGCUGCCACAUGCAAACGGACUACCGCCCAAAUGCUACUUCGAUGCCAGCUUCAACUCAGCCGCAAGGAAAGCCACGGUAGGAGCAAUCCUUGUCUCGUCAGAUGGGGGUUUUCUAGCAGCCUUCAAUGGUCAUCUCCCAGCUUGUUUCUCACCACUCAUGGCCGAGUCACUUGCAUGCAAGGAGGUUUUAUCUUGGCUCAAAGAUCGUGGUCUAGCUUCCGUGGAUGUCUACACUGACUGCUAUAAUCUCAAACAGCUGUUAUGUUCGAACAACGUUGACCUUUAUUCUUAUGUUGCUUUUUCAAUUAAUGCCACUAGGGCUUUAAUGUCGUCUUUUACUCAUUGCUCAGUUAGUUAUGUACCUAGGUCUUCCAAUUUAGGUGCACACACGCUUGCUGCUUCGGCCUUUUUACAGGUUGAAUCUUUGUAUUGGGAUUCUAUCCCGCCAGACUCCAUUUCGGCAUUAUUUUAA